AUGUGUUCUCGUUCUUUUAAGGAAUCUUGGUAUGAUUCACACAAGUGGUUAUGUGGUAGCUUUUAUGAACAGCGGUUGUAUUGUUGGCCUUGUGUUUUACUCGGUAAAGUAAAAAAUGUUUGGUCUUCUGAUGGUUAUUUUGAUUUAAAAAACUUGUCAAAAAGUGUUAAAAAACAUGAAGCAUCAAAAGACCAUAUAAAUAACUUCAUUGGGUUGGUCUGGUUAGAAAAAAAUAAAGGAACAAUUAUUGAUGCUUUAAAUGAAGGUUUUCGUUUAAGCAAAAUAUUGUAUAACGACAAUGUUAGAAAAAACAGAUUAGUGUUGUUACAAAUAAUUGAGAUUGUAAUACUAUUAAGUGAACAAAAGUUGGCUUUUAGAGGUCAUGAUGAGAGCACUUUAUCUAUUAACCAGGGAAACUUUGUGAAAUAUAAGUUAUUAGAAGUAAUUGAAUGUAUUAGAGAUAAUUCAGAGUCAGGAAUGGAAUCUAUAAAUGGAGCUAAAGAUCAAUUGAAAAAUGAAUUGUCAGUUAUUUACUUUGAUGAGCAAUUCCAUAACCAAAGUAUUCAACAAUGUGUGAAAUUACUAAAAGAGUUUGAAGAGUCUGGAUUAUUAAAAGAAGCAUAUAAACUGUUUUGUAUUGUUUUGACUAUACCAUCCUCCAGUGUAACUGUUGAAAGAAAAUUUUCAUGUUUAAAACGCAUUAAAAGUUAUCUAAGAAAUUCUAUGACAGAAGAAAGAUUAUCUUCCUUAGCUACAAUUUCUAUUGAGAAGGAUCUAAUAAACACUUUAUUAACAAAUGAUGAAAAAUUCUAUGAAAAAAUAAUUGACAAAUGUGCAUUACUCAAAAACAGAAGAAUAGAUUUAAUUUACAAAACAUAA